AUGAAUUAUACUAAACUAAAGAGUUUUUCUGCAAAUGCAAUAUCCAAUAUCCUACCUGUUGAUCAUGAAACGUGCAGCGAAUUGGUUGAUUAUGCUUUAACAUUGCAGACAGACCAUGAAAUACAAUCUCACUUUUUAAACUUGUUAGGUGAAAGUGAUGAAACUUUAGCAUUCUUAACUAAGUUUAUGGCUUUAAAGAAAGAAGCCGAUGAUUCGUCUAAGCAGAUGAAUAACAUGAAAAACAAAAGUGCUAAGGCUAAGAAAGAAUCUACAGAAAUGCCACCGGCAAACAACACCAAGAAAAAUCAUAAAGCAUGGACUUCACCGUCUGAAUCUGUAGAACAUCAACAAAAAGGACGAUUAGAAAAUAAUAAAACUUCAAAGACUACGUCUCAGUUACUAGAUUUAAGGUCACCUUCGCCCGUGGUAAAACCAAGUAAAAGUUCUAAGAAGAAGAGACUUGACAACUUGCAAGAUAUUGAAGCAGUCUUGAAUGAUUUAGAAAUAGCAUCCAGGGAUGAUAUUGAUAUGGAAUCUUCAAGUGUAAUUAAAAGGAAGUGUAAUUGCAUGGGUAGAAGACACCCGUUAUUCGAGGUAGCACCUAAUUGUUUAAAUUGUGGUAAAAUUAUUUGCGCCAAGGAAGGUCUACAACCUUGCUCAUUCUGUGGAAAGGAGUUGUUAUCAUUCAAAGACAAAUGGGAAAUAAUAAAUUUAUUGAGAGAAGAGAAGACUAAUAUUGAAAGCAAACAAGAUCCUUCAAGAAGCAAAAGUUCACAAGACUAUACCCCAACGUCUCAUUCCAAAAAUAAGAACAAAAAAAUUGUUGUCACCUUAAAUGCCGGAGAAAACCUUUGGAGGGCCCAGGAUACAGCAUUAAAAAAAAUGGAGUCCGACAAGAAAAGGGAUCAGGAGUUAUUAGAGAAAAUAAAAAAAGAAAGAGAGGAGAUUGCACAGCAAGCGAAGGAAUUACAGCAUUAUGAAGAAACAAGCAAAAUAAAUCCUGAACUAGUGAAAGCACAGGAAAGACUAGAAACAUUACUUGCAUUCCAAGCCACUGGAGCAGAAAGAACUAAGAUCAUUGAUAAUGCUUCAGACUUCGAAAUGCCAAAUUCAAAUAGUGGAAACAUGUGGUUGUCACCGAUGGAGAGAGCAUUGCAUUUAAAGAAACAACAAAAGCAACUUCGCAAGAAUGAUGGGAUCAAGAAAGCAAGGUCGGGUAGAGGUAAUAAAACUGUUGAAAUGGUUAUAAAGGAUGGAAAAGUCACCAUGGUUGAGAAGCAAGCAGGAGGGUCAAUGAAGGAUGACGAUGAAAGCGAGGACGAAGAGAUUAUAGGUUUAGAAAAUAAGGUCAAAGAAAGUAAAAGUGAAAAUGAAAAUGCAUCUUCCAAGAACAUUUGGGAUUAUAAUAAAUACAACAAUAGAUGGGAAAAGCCACUUUACAUACCUUCGGAAAAUGACUUUCCAAAAAUACAGAAUACUGAUCAACAAACAUAUAAGCCUCGAGUACAGUUUUCUAAUGAUGCCGAGGAGAAUGAACUUCUUAUCACAUUGCCUUCUUAG